AUGGACACGUCUAAGGACGUUAGUGAUAGUGGUGGUGAUCGUGGUGGUGUUACUAGCGUUUUAAAGUAUUUUAAACAGAAAAAAAUUUCGCCCAUACUAGAAGAAGAUUUUCAUCAGUAUCGUCUUAUGAAUAAUAGAUUAGUACAAUGGAGAUUUGUCAAUGCUCGUGUUGAGGCUUCUAUGGCUGCAAUCAAGAGGGUUGCACAGAAGAAGGUGUUCAAUGUAUGGUUAAGAAUUUCAAUUAUGAGAAAUUUCACAGCUGAGAAGAAAAUUGAAGUCCAAAAAAUGAAACAUGAUAUAAAAAUAAAUAAGAUUAUGAACUCUCAAAAUUGCUUACUUAGAGAGUGGCAAAGACUAGAGUUGAAAAAUUCUGAAGCUGUUGGAAGGGUAGCAAGAAAAUUAUCAGCAAUUUCUCUUUGUCUUCCACUUGUUGAUGGAACUGAGGCAAAAGUUAUGUCGAUUUACGAUGCUAUGAUCUCAGCAGAGGAAGUUAUGGACGGUAUACAGGAUUUUAUUAUGAAUAUGCAAUGGCAGAUUGAGCAGUCAUGUUAUCUGCUCACACAACUUAUAGUAAUUUUAAAGCAGGAGGAAGAGUUCUUGGAGGAGCUAGAGAGUCAUUUAAAAAUAGUUGAUUCUUUAGAGGUAGAAGAGGAAACCUUGAGAGUACACUGUAUCCAAUUGGCUAAGGAGAGGACAACAAGAUGGGAAGGAGCUUAA